AUUCGAAAGGUAUGCAAACGUUUGUCAUUUAUGGUAUUUGUUUUCAGGAAGACAUUUUUAUUGUAAAAUUUCUGAGACUCCACCAGGUUUUAACUCGGAUCCGUAAUAGGGGUUUGAUUAGGGUUUCCGGCCUAAUUAUUAGUCACUAGGCUUCCCCUAAGAUUAAAAUCUAGAAUGCACCUGUCUCAGUUGUCAGUUAUCCAUUAAGGAAUUCCUAAAUCAUUUCAUUUCGUUGUAUUAUGAAGCAUUAGGUUUAAGUUACGGGUAAGAUACUUACGGGUGGAGGGAUCCAACCCAGAGACGGCUCUGAACAAAAUGCAGUUGAGCCCCAAAUAACUAAAUGAAAUAAUUUAGAAAGGCCCCAACCUUCUUUAGGGUAAGAGGCAAGAGCAAUAUUUGGCAAUACAAUUUCGUCACAAAUUCAAGGGUACUUCAAAGUGCCCCGUAGUCGAGGUCUGGCUUUUUCCGAAUUUCGGGAACAAAAGAAGCGUUCGCAAGCAGAGACGGGGAUUUAACUGCCCACUCUCCCCUUGCCUCCCCCAAGUAAAUCAAAUCGAGGAAGAUGAGCGUCCACAUGCACGCCUCGCUCCUUUUCUUUCCCUUCAGGGCUAGCGUUUGGGGAGGAAAGGCUGCGGCUAUUCUUCGGUGAACUAGUGUCCCGGAAUUGAGAGAGGCCCAGCCCGGGUCCUCGCAGCUGCCGUGAAAUCCGGCCCGUUCGCCGGCGACCGACCCCGGAGAGAAAAGCUGCUUCUCCAGCAGGGGGAGGGAGAGGAAACGGCGCACAAAAAGCAGUAAGACUUGUCCCUUAUCGCCAUCCUAAGAAAAAAGAUGGGAAAAAGGGAAACAGGAACAAGCCACGCGCCGGAGCUCCCGCCCGAUCGGCUUUUAAACUGCGUUUCCACCACCUCUAGCAGGGCGCCGCGGCUAAUGGAACCCGCGCGAGGCGUCCCGCCAAUCACCGCCGCGCUUCCUCCGGCCGCGGGCCAAUGGCGGCGCUCGUUCUUGGGGCGUGGGCGAAGAGGCUGCUCUCUCUUGGCCGUGGGGUGUGCGCUGGGGUUCGUGCGGAUUCCUGGCUUGGCUGCGCUGGGCCCCGCUUGUUCUGCAGGGGCUUUUGUGUCCGGCGUUGGCUUGGCUUUGUGUGCGCGAGUUUCCGCUGUGCUCCGCGGCGCAAGUCCCGGCCGGGAGCUGUGAGACUCGGAGGCGGUAGCGCGGCCCCCCCCCCCCCCGCCGGGCGAGGAGCGAGCGCGCCGGCGUGAGCGGCGAGUGCGAGGGCUGCGGGGAAGGGGAUUCGUCGCCGCCGCCGAGAUGCCGGAGUUCCUGGAAGACCCCUCGGUCCUGACGAAAGAGAAGUUGAAGAGUGAGUUGGUCGCCAACAAUGUGACGCUCCCGGCCGGGGAGCAGCGCAAAGACGUGUACGUGCAGCUGUACCUGCAGCACCUCACGGCGCGCAACCGGCAGCCGCUCGCUGCCGGCGCCAACAGCAAGGGGCCCCCGGACUUCUCCAGCGACGAAGAGCGCGAACCUACCCCGGUCCUGGGCUCCGGGGCCGCCGCCGCGGGCCGCAGCCGCGCCGCCGUCGGCAGGAAAGCCACAAAGAAAACUGAUAAACCCAGACUAGAAGAUAAAGAUGAUCUAGAUGUAACAGAGCUCUCUAAUGAAGACCUUCUGGAUCAACUUGUGAAAUAUGGAGUGAACCCUGGUCCUAUUGUGGGAACAACCAGGAAGCUAUAUGAGAAAAAGCUGUUGAAACUGAGGGAACAAGGCACAGAAUCUAGAUCUUCUACUCCUCUGCCAGCAAUUUCUUCUUCAGUGGAAAAUACAAGACAGAGUGGAAGUAAUGACUCUGACAGAUACAGUGACAAUGAAGAAGGAAAGAAGAAAGAACACAAGAAAGUGAAGUCCACUAGGGAUUUUGUUCCUUUUUCUGAACUUGCAACUACUCCCUCUGGUGGAUUUUUUCAGGGUAUUUCUUUUCCUGAAAUCUCCACCCGUCCUCCUUUGGGCAGGACUGAACAACAGGCAGCUAAGAAAGUACAUUCUUCUAAGGGAGACCCACCUAGGGAACCUCUUAUUGCCACAGCCUUGCCUGGCAGGGAACAGUUGCAGAAGUUAGCCUCUGGAGGGAAUUUGUUUGUUUCCUCCAAGUCUAGCCAUGAUAGAUGUUUAGAGAAAAGUUCUUCGACAUCUCCUCAGCAUGAACUCGCUGCCAUGUUGGUCUCUGCUGCAGCUUCUCCUUCACUGAUUAAAGAAACCACCAGUACUUGCUAUAAAGACAUAGUAGAAAAUAUUUACUGUGGAGAGAAAAGUGGAAUUCAACCAUUAUGUACUGAGAGGUCCCAUGUUUCAGAUCAGUCAGUUCUCUCCAGUGAAAGGAGAGCACUAGAAGAGUCUGAGAGAUCACAAGUAAUUUCUCCACCACUGGCUAAGGCAAUCAGAGAUUACGUCAAUUCUCUGUUGGUCCAGGGUGGAGUAGGUAGUUUGCCUGGGACUUCUAGCUCUACACCCCCACUGGAUGUAGAAAAUAUAUGGAAGAGAAUUGAUGCACCUAAUUUUCGAGAAACAGAAUCCCUGUCUCCUCCACGAAAAUUACCUAGACUCAGUGAGAAGUCAGUAGAAGAAAAGGAUUCAGGUUCCUCUGUGGCAUUUCAAAAUAUACCUGGAUCUGAACUGAUGUCUUCUUCUGCAAAAACCGUUGUCUCUCACUCACUCACUACCUUAGGCAUAGAAAUGUCUAAGCAAUCACAGCAUGAUAAAAUAGAUGCCCCCGAACUAUCUUUUCCCUUCCAUGAAUCUAUUUUAAAAGUAAUUGAAGAGGAGUGGCAGCAAAUUGACAGGCAGCUGCCUUCAUUGGCAUGCAAGUAUCCAAUUUCUUCCAGAGAGGCAACACGGAUAUUAUCAGUUCCAAAAGUAGAUGAUGAAAUCCUAGGGUUUAUUUCUGAAGCCACUCCACCAGCAGGUAUUCAGGCAGCUUCCCCUGAGUCCUGUGAUAAACAGUUGGACUUAGCACUUUGUGGAACGUAUGAAGCUGCAGCAUCAGCAUUGCGGAUUGCAACCCAUACUGCCUUUGUAGUUCGGGCUAUGCAGGCAGACAUUAGUCAGGCUGCACAAAUUCUCAGGUCAGAUCCUAGUCACGUGCACCAGGCACUUGGGAUGCUAAGCAAAACAUACGAUGCGGCCUCAUUUCUUUGUGAAGCUGCCUUUGAUGAAAUAAAAAUGGCUGCUCAUACCAUGGGAUCUUCCACUUUAGGCCGCCGAUAUCUCUGGCUAAAAGAUUGCAAAAUUAAUCCAGCUUCUAAGAAUAAGCUGGCUGUUACUCCCUUUAAAGGCGGAACAUUGUUUGGAAGGGAAGUGUUCAAAGUAAUUAAAAAGCGUGGAAAACGCUAAUAAAAUUAAGAAUAAAGACAUCUAUCUUAUCUUUGAUAUGGGGAAGUUGGUAGCUUUUCUAGGAAUUUGAAGUACUUUUAUGCCAAAAUUUUCUAAGGUCUUUUUAGUCUCCAGAAUAGGCUAAUUUCAAAGUGUCAAACUUCUACCAAUUAAAUUGCAGUAUAAAAGUAAUUGCCUACAUAUAUCUGCCUUUUUUUUUUUAGUUGCACAGAAAGAAAGCCUGAUACUAACAGUUUAAAGCUUUUCUAGAUCACAUUUUUUUCUCAAAUAGUUCAGUCUUUCCUAUUUUAAGAUUUUACAACUCUUCAAAACUAAGAAAAUUCCAUUAACUAGAUUAUAAGUUGAGUCUCCAUGGUUUUAAAUAUUACUAAAUAUUUUAUUACUUUCCAGAACUUGUCUACAUAUUUUCUCUUAUUUUCUCAUUUGUGUUGUUUUUUACUGUUAUCUACAGUAUGGUUCAUAAUAUUCCAAAUCAGUGCAACUCAAAGUGCCAGUCUACAAACUGUUACUGAUCCACAGAUAAGAUAAGCAUGUACCAGAAUUUGAAUCUAGAUGAAUGACAGGUUUUAUUUUUGUGGUAAAACUUUAUUGGUAGAGGAAAGACAGUGCGCUGAUUUACAUGCUGGUGCAAAUGCCUCGUUUUUUCAUGGACUGGUAGCAAACAGUUGGUGGGCUGCACUUAGAGAAACACUGCUCCAGACCAUAGUGUUCUGGGGCCGUGCGUUCUCACCACCACCGUGAAACUAUAGUCAGACAAAUCAGCAAAGAUGGGACUUUUUUUUUAUAAGUAACACUUUUAAGGUAUGUUGUAAUUCAUGGAUGAUUAGGCUUAAUCUAAGCUAAAUUCUAAAAGCAAAUUUUAUUAGUUUUUUUUUAAAGUCAUAAGAAAUCAUACUAUAUCCCAGUUUCUGUGUGUCUAAAUAAAGCAAUAUAUUAUUCUCUGUUUUCAUUUCUAUGAUUGUAAGAUGAGGGGGUCUAACUGUGGAGGCACUUGAUAAUCGAAUUUCUUUGUAUUUUUAUGGAAAAUAGUAGUAUUAAUUAUAAACAAAAUAUAGUCCCUUGGGACUUACAGCCAUUACUAUAUUCUUCGAUUAACCUAUCCAUCUUUGCAGCUUUCUGGGAGUAAUUCUAUUUGUUAUUUGUCUUCUGAAAUGUACAUGUAUACAUGUACCUACUAAGUACUAUGUGAUUUUUUUUUUAAUGUAUAAUUGUAGAAUGCUUUUGCAAAUUCAAUAAA